UCUCGUGACUGACUUUAGCCAAUCACAGCUGAGAUUGCACAGGGACGACAUCAAUAAACAAAUGCACUAGAACAAUGUCUAAAUUCAGAUGCGAUGCUUUUCGACUUAUUUUUCAUUCGGUGUUUAGCGCAGCCAAGCGAAACAAAUAACGUGAAAGCCGCAGUGUAGCGCCGACGGUCGUAAUACCGUCAAUACCCUGGCGACAUUAACGUUAGCUAAUGCUAGCUAUGUGACAGGACAGCGGCAGCUUUUUAACGCGUUUUUUUUUACUGUUUCGGAACUUAACAUUACUUGGUUCUCUUGUUUUUACGCGCUGGAUAUUAUUUCGCCAUUAGCUAACGCCAGUACACACUGACUGUGCUGUCACUGACAGUCCUGCAGUCCGUACUCCAGCUGUAGAUAGCGAUGGGAGCUCUAACAUGCUAGGACCAUGUUCAAAAAUGUUUUUGGCUCAGGGUUUCUGGUAAGAACAGCUCAUGUGAUUCUGACAUGGGUCAUAACUUUAAUACUCUUCCUACAUGAUACAGAGCUGAGGAAGCAGGAGGAGACAGGCCAGCUCAUCCAGCCUGUGCUAUUCGUCCUGCUGGUGCUGGUGUCAGUGUUGCUCUAUUUCGCUGUCUCUCUGAUGGACCCAGGAUUCAUAUUGUCUGAUGACAGCGAUUUGCAGUUCACGCUGGGAGUGACUGAGGAGCAACAGGACAUGAUUCCACCCACCACCAAAUCCCUGCGACAGCGUCGCUGUGGCCACUGUCUGCUGCAGCAGCAGCCAAUGAGAUCAAAGCACUGCCAGACAUGUCAGCACUGUGUCCGCCGUUAUGACCAUCACUGCCCCUGGAUUGAGAACUGUGUUGGUGAGAGGAACCACCGCUGGUUCGUGCUUUACCUUGCUGUCCAGCUGCUGGUGCUGCUGUGGGGGCUGCACAUUGCCUGGACAGGUUUCAGUUUUGCGCCCACCUGGCAGCUGUGGCUGCGCACCAAUGGGAUGCUGCUGGCCGUGGCCGUGCUGGUGGCUCUGCUCUCGCUGAUUGUGCUGCUCCUGCUCGGCUCCCACCUCUACCUGGUUUCACUCAACACCACCACCUGGGAGUUCAUGUCACGCCACCGCAUCUCCUACCUAAAACACUGCGGUGUUGAUGAAAACCCCUUCGACCGUGGCACCUUCCACAACCUGUGGGGUUUCUUCUGUGUAUGGGACACAGUGGUGUGGGAACAGGUGUACUUCAGGGAGGGCAGCGACCAAGUCUAGGACAUUAAUACCCAUUGAGAAGGGUUUCGCUCAUUAACAACCUCUCUGGAUUUUAGGAUCAGACACUUGACCACAAAGUUGGGAGAUAAACUAUCUAUGUGUGCAGUUUACCUUUAUAUAGACACUUGUAUAUAGACUUGUUAUUUUUCCAUAACUCUGCAACAUUACCUUUUCUUACAUCUCUCCUGCAGUGUUGUUGUUGCCCACAGUUCCUGUUUUUUUCCUCCUCUUCUCAAGUGGUUGUCAACAGAGUAAAAAUUGUCUUGUGUACCCACAGAAUGAUGUACCUGCUCCGAGUUACCAUCUCUGUGUGGACAAAAGUUUACCAGCACUACAGUCCUUACUCUAACAAUUGUUUACAACUAUUCAAGUAUGUAAUACCUUUCCCCUUAAACAGACACUUUACUGGUUGAUUUUAAAAGACUAGUUCAGCCAAAAACAAUAUAAAUUGUACUCAAAUCCCCAGACUUUCUGUGGCCCCAGAAAAGGUUUUUUUUGAAUGGCGUUAAGGAGAGUGAAGCACCGAAAAAACUGAAGUGUAUCAGUGCAAACAGACUUUGACGAAGGCCAAACAAAUGGCAGUGAAGAAGGUUAUAAAAUGUCCGGAAAACCUAUGCUGUUUGAUCGGCCUCCGUUGAGCCCUGUUGUUACUGACAUGCUUUUUUUGGGGGCACCCUGCUGACCUUUAUGCCCUUCAAUAGAACACUUUUGUGGCAUCUCCUGACAUGUGGGGCACUUACUUAUGUAGGGGGGUUAUGCUAUUGGAAUAAUGAGUGUGGGAGACAUAUUGUAUCUACUUUAACUACUAACAUUAUCUUACAGUUUCCUUACAUUCCUUUGUCUAAAAUUUUAAUUUAAAGGAUGAGUAGACCUACCAGUCACAACACAAUAGUGUGUCACCAGACAAAUGUAAUGUAUAAGUUUCCAUAAGUAACAUACAUAUCAUUCUUUAAGUCCACAGAGAGAAAGUGUACCUCCAAAAGCAGGCUACAUACAAAAGAAAACAAUGCACAUUAAGAAAUACAAGCCCUAUUUAAAUCAUCUAAAGCACAUAGUCUAAAGUGCCUGUUGCAAGUGCACGUAGAGCGUAUCCAGCUCCACUGUUGCUAGUUAAACAGGGCUGUAUUUAGUCUCAGUUAAUUAGGUCUGUUUUGGGGAUAACAUGAAUUCAACCAGGCAGAGUGUCUCCCAUUCCCUUUAAAAAUCAGGUGGCCCUGCACCUGUUGCAGUGUUAUUUAUAUGGUGGAUUUUGCAGAUCGGAGAAGUGAGCAGUUUUCUGCUGAGAGUAAUGCAGUGAGAGCAGUACUGUCACUGCAGCAAAUAUAUAAAAGAAAACAAAAACUGUAAAA